UUGAAAUGGUUUGUGUGACAAGUCGGCCUUCAUGCGCUCAGAAUUGUUGUUUAUCGUUUCAUCGUUUGAAAUGCCCCGUUAUUGCGCAGUAAAACUAUGUAAAAACCGCGGAGGAGGGCUUUCAAAAGACAACAAGAAAAUUAGUUUCUACCCGUUUCCUCUGCGAGAUGAGGCGCGGCUCCGAAAGUGGGUGGACAACAUGGAGCGGAAGGAGUGGAGCCCGAGCCGUCACCAGUAUCUCUGCAGUGAGCACUUCACUGAGGACUCAUUCGACCUGCGCUGGGGGAUCCGCUACCUGAAGCACACCGCUGUGCCUACCAUCUUUCCCUUCAUAUAUGACACUGGGGAGUCACCCAACAUACAGGAUGAACUGAAAAAGCUUAACAGUAAGAAAAAUUCCAAGACUAAACCAGGUGUAAAUGCUAAGAGCAACAGAUCCUCCUCACCUGUCAAGAGGACAGUCCUGCCUUUGAAAAAGGAGACACUCAGUAGAGAAGAGGACAUACAUUUAGCUGAAGGAGCCUUAACAUCUGAACCUGGAGUUGAGGGACCUCAGUUACCUGCGGUGAUGGUCUUAAGUGACUCAGACCCAGCUGGAUCCAGCUCACACAAGGUGGUUCACCCACAGGUUUUGCCUCCAGGCUUCGUAGAGCCAGCCAGCAGGCAGCCAGAUGAGGAAGCCCUGAUAGACUCUGGUUUGAGCAUGCCCAGUGAGGCUCAGCAGUUUCCCUCUUCAGCACCAUCCCCGCCCAGCGGCUCAUCCGACAGACUGCAGGCAGCUUCGAGCCGGACUGAGAGCGCUCCUCCCAGUGCAGCCUGCGGCGAGGACCUGCAGGGGGCGCCCUCGAGUGUGGAGCGCAGUCUCCUGGAGGAGCAUUCCUACUCAAGGCAGGACAUGGACAAGAACCAGUUGUGGAAUAAGAUUGCCAGCCUCCACAUGAAGAUCAUGGAGCUGGAGAAAAGAGAGGAGGGCACCAUUGCAAAAAUUAACUCUCUGGAGAACACCAUUGUACACCUGAGGAAGGAGAACAUUGUUUCUGAGGAGAAGCAGAAAGCACUAGAAGGAUAUUUUACGACAGUGUUUCUUUAGUGGGUUCUUCCGUUUCCCCGUUUUCCUCAUCACUUGCAGCGUACUUUUGUUGUGUAACGUGUCUCAUAUCUUGUGCUUACCUUUUAUUUUUUUAUUUUAUUUAUUAUUCAUUGCUAAUCACAGAUCCAUGUUGGGGGGGCUGGGGUGGACAGUGCCCCCCACAUUUUUGCUUUGUCUCCUAGUCUUUUGUAAUCUAACUGACUAAUCUAACUAUGCCCAUCCAUUAGAUGCCACUGCCCACCAAGUGAAAGCAGUCUAGAAACAGGGUUGAUCUACAUUACUUUAUGGAGCUCUAUAUCAAAGUGCUUUGGGACCGUAACAACACAUAAACAACUCAAAGUACGUUGGCUUUAUAUUCCGUAGACAUUUUCUAUUAGCAAAUAUGAACCUGUGGUUCAUGGAAUAAAAGACUUGCUGUGAAGUCCUCUUACUGUUAUGUCCUGCGUUAUUUUAAUUUUUUUUUCAAGUUUCCAAUUACUUUUUGCAUUGUUGUUCACAUGCUGCCGGAAAGAAUCAAAACCACAGCGACCACUUUCAAAUAUUUCAAGUAGUAUGCAGUAUACGUAAGACUCACACCA